GUUCUGGAAGGCCACAGGCACUUUUGUUGUUCAGUAUAUAUUGUACUGCCAUGCGACGGUGACCUGUAAAGAAACCAGACAAUCAAGGAUGAGGAUUGUUUUCAGCUUGGAUGUAAAUAAUUGAAAAUAUGCCAAAAGUCGCCAGGCAACUGGAUGCACUUGCUGGAGAUGACAUUCCGUCUCACAUAAAGCUAAAGGGCAAUUGAUGAAAUGCUAGGAAUAGCCUUCAGAAUAUCAACUUUUUAUCGACUACUUCUUUAUUGUUUAUAACGCCUAUUUCAGGAGAACCAAUUUUAGUUAACCACGUUUAGAACGAACACGCUUAUAACGAACUGACGGAUAUAACAAACUUAUCUUUGUUGUCCCGAACAUUUGCUGUAUGAGAGGUGUAUAUGCUUAUAACGAACUACGGUUAUAAGGAACUAAAAUGAGUGGUCCUUUUGAGUUAGUUAUUACCGUCGUUUGCUGUACUGGGAGAUUUGGCUUGGAUAGUCCUCUGUGUGUGUCCUCUGUCUUUUUUCAUUCAGAACAAUCCAACACUUAGGUAUUAUGUUUUCCUACUUGCACUCAAUAAUGUCUUAAUUUCACUGGUUACGGCAGUGUCUCCUCUGUAUGGCGAAGGCGUUCAGUUUAGCUCUAGAGGUGUCAUAUGUGCCUUGUGAUACUUUGUGGUUCUAUUUACAUUUUGUGACAUGUUUUCAACACAAUCACAUGAAAUUACUAAACAUGAAUCGAAUCGCUAAAUCAGAAAAUGCUCUUGGUUAGAGAGAGUGAAUGAGUGAGUAUGGUUUUAUGCCACUUUUAUUAAUAUCAUUUAUCGUUAUCAGAGCCAUCAUUUCCACGUCGGACUUAUAUGAACACGUUUAUGUGGCACAGCAAGGAUGGACCUGCAUACUUUCAUAUUACUCUCCACUCAUCUGAGUCAAAGCUGUAUGCUUAAAGAAUUGGAACCGACGGGCUGCGGACAUGCCAGGAUUAAAAAUGGAAUAUCUCAUUUCAACAUGCAUACUCCAUAUUUGAAGAAGAUAAAUCGGGAUCCGUGUAAUCUGAAAUGGGUGCAAGUAUUACACACAGACCAAAACGGUGGUGUCAUUUCAGGAAGGAAAAGAGACCUACAACAGAGCGUUCUCCAUGGGCGAAGAAUAAGAUUUGUUUUGAAUAAUACAUACCACAAUACAGCUGAGUUCGAUUCGUGCACAAAGGUCGAUGCAGAUGCUUGCUGUCAGUCUAUGCCACAUGUCUCUGUCUAUAACGAAGAUGACUUCGAUCCAUCCGGGUCCUGGUCGUUAAUGAUUGUGUGUUCCACAGGGCAUAUACAGAUGAAAACCUAUUUCGUUGGUGGCAAGGCUAAAUCUGAUAAAACCAUAAAAUCCGCAAUAAUUUGGUUUGCAUUGCAAAAGGAAAAAACACAAUAUCCAUCACCAGUUUAUGCAAGUGGAUACAAAGGAAAUGUUUCUGUUAAGUACAUAGACGCGCUUGCUACACAUAUUCUUCAAGGGUCUUCUGUUGCUAUUUCCUGCAUUAGUAACAUAUUUUAUACUGCAAACUGCGAGGUGCUACCGAGAAAACAUCCUAAAUCAAGAGAAAUCAGUUGCGAGGCUAUUUGGGUCGUUGGUCAACAUCAAUACGGUAAUCAUAACAUAUUUAUGAAAAAUGCAUACUGGUAUUUUCUAAUUCUAACGUCUUUAGAUUCAUUUUACCAAAGUAGAUGGUAUAUUGGGAAUAACAAGUUUAGGACCAGCAACCGUAGCCAUUUUAAAAUGAAAUGGUUUGUCGAUGAUUGUUGGACCACGCUGCAUGUCUCUGAGAGAAAUGGAUCUCUUAGUAACACAUUGAUGCAUUUAAAUUUCUUUGCUGACUGUGGACAUUCUGUCAAAGUAAAAUUUGAUAACACAAUAAUGGAGGCAGAAGGUAUCCGAAUCUCAGGUGAUCACCUGUCAGUGUUUUUGAUAUCAUCCUUGUCCAAAAGAAAUGCAGAGUACUUUAGAGAGGAUCUAAACUGGGAGUUCAGGGUCGUGAGUACUACAGGAACUAUUAGGACAUAUCGUCCUCUUGUGGGGGCAUCGAACGUCACUCAUAAGACAGCUACAAUAGAGAGGAAGCCAAUAACCUGGUUUGUGGAUACAAAGAAGUGGGACCUUGUGUUGCACACUCUAAGGAAUACUUCAGUUGUGAGCGGUUCGAUCCUGGCAGUGAGAUAUGCCAUAGCUCAUGGUGCAGAAAUCAGAAUAGCUUUCCGAUUUUCUAACGACUCCGGAUUUCGCAUCUAUAAAGCACAUAACAUUCACCUUGGACCCGAGCAUCACGUUACAGCACAGGUUGUACGUGCUCUGAAAGAAUACGAAAGUUAA